AUGUAUAUAAAACAGGUUAUCAUCCAGGGUUUUCGAAGUUAUAGAGAUCAGACAAUUGUAGAUCCAUUCAGUUCAAAACACAAUGUUAUAGUGGGCAGAAAUGGAUCCGGGAAAAGUAAUUUUUUUUAUGCUAUUCAAUUUGUACUCAGUGAUGAAUUUAGUCAUCUUCGUCCAGAACAGAGAUUGGCUUUGUUACACGAAGGCACUGGACCCCGGGUCAUAUCGGCUUUUGUUGAGAUCAUUUUUGAUAAUUCAGACAACAGAUUACCUAUUGAUAAAGAGGAAGUUUCACUUCGUAGAGUCAUUGGUGCCAAAAAAGAUCAGUAUUUUUUAGAUAAGAAAAUGGUAACGAAAAACGAUGUGAUGAAUCUACUUGAGAGUGCUGGAUUUUCUCGAAGUAAUCCUUAUUACAUUGUCAAACAAGGAAAGAUUAACCAGAUGGCCACAGCACCUGACUCUCAGAGACUGAAGCUAUUGAGAGAAGUGGCUGGUACUCGAGUCUAUGAUGAACGUAAAGAGGAAAGCAUUUCUUUAAUGAAAGAAACAGAGGGCAAACGGGAAAAAAUCAAUGAGUUGUUAAAAUACAUUGAAGAGAGAUUACAUACGCUAGAGGAGGAAAAAGAAGAACUUGCACAAUAUCAAAAAUGGGAUAAAAUGAGACGAGCGCUGGAAUAUACCAUUUAUAAUCAAGAACUUAAUGAAACCCGUGCCAAACUUGAUGAGCUGUCUGCUAAAAGAGAAACAAGUGGAGAGAAAUCGAGACAAUUAAGAGAUGCUCAGCAGGAUGCCCGAGAUAAGAUGGAGGAUAUUGAACGACAGGUUCGAGAAUUGAAAACAAAAAUUUCAGCAAUGAAAGAAGAAAAGGAGCAGCUUAGUGCUGAAAGACAGGAACAAAUUAAGCAGAGGACUAAAUUAGAGCUUAAAGCUAAGGAUUUGCAAGAUGAAUUGGCAGGCAACAGUGAACAGAGGAAACGCCUGUUAAAAGAGAGGCAGAAGCUUCUUGAGAAAAUAGAGGAAAAGCAAAAAGAACUUGCAGAAACUGAACCCAAAUUCAACAGUGUAAAAGAAAAGGAAGAGCGAGGAAUUGCUAGAUUGGCACAGGCUACCCAAGAAAGAACAGAUCUUUAUGCAAAGCAAGGUCGAGGAAGCCAGUUUACAUCCAAAGAAGAAAGAGAUAAAUGGAUUAAAAAGGAGCUAAAGUCUUUAGAUCAAGCCAUUAAUGACAAAAAACGACAGAUUGCUGCUAUACACAAGGACUUGGAAGAUACUGAAGCUAAUAAGGAAAAAAAUUUGGAGCAGUACAAUAAACUGGAUCAGGAUCUCAAUGAGGUAAAGGCUCGAGUGGAGGAACUGGAUAGAAAAUACUAUGAAGUAAAGAACAAGAAAGAUGAAUUACAGAGUGAAAGAAAUUAUUUAUGGAGAGAGGAAAAUGCAGAACAACAAGCACUUGCUGCCAAACGAGAAGAUCUUGAAAAAAAGCAGCAACUUCUUAGAGCAGCAACAGGAAAGGCUAUUUUAAAUGGCAUAGACAGCAUAAACAAAGUUUUGGAUCAUUUUCGUCGAAAAGGCAUAAAUCAGCAUGUUCAAAAUGGCUAUCAUGGUAUUGUGAUGAAUAACUUUGAGUGUGAACCAGCUUUCUAUACAUGCGUUGAAGUCACUGCUGGGAACAGGUUGUUUUAUCAUAUUGUGGAUUCAGAUGAAGUCAGUACCAAAAUUUUAAUGGAGUUUAAUAAAAUGAACCUUCCAGGAGAAGUAACCUUUCUGCCUCUCAAUAAGUUGGAUGUCAGAGAUACAGCCUAUCCAGAAACCAAUGAUGCUAUCCCAAUGAUAAGUAAACUAAGAUACAAUCCAAGAUUUGAUAAAGCUUUUAAACAUGUAUUUGGAAAGACCCUGAUUUGUCGGAGCAUGGAAGUUUCUACUCAGUUGGCCCGUGCCUUUACUAUGGACUGUAUUACUUUGGAAGGGGAUCAAGUAAGUCAUCGAGGUGCUCUAACUGGAGGAUAUUAUGAUACCAGAAAGUCUCGGCUUGAAUUGCAGAAAGAUGUUAGAAAGGCUGAAGAAGAACUAGGUGAACUUGAAGCCAAGCUCAAUGAAAAUCUUCGUAGAAAUAUUGAAAGGAUUAAUAAUGAAAUUGAUCAACUGAUGAAUCAAAUGCAACAAAUUGAAACCCAACAGAGAAAAUUCAAAGCAUCUCGAGACAGUAUUUUAUCAGAGAUGAAGAUGCUGAAAGAAAAGAGACAACAGUCUGAAAAAACUUUUAUGCCAAAGCAACGUAGCUUGCAAAGCUUAGAAGCAAGUUUACAUGCCAUGGAAUCGACAAGAGAAUCACUGAAAGCAGAACUGGGAACAGAUUUACUCUCUCAGCUCAGCCUGGAAGAUCAGAGACGAGUGGAUGAUUUGAAUGAUGAAAUUCGGCUGCUACAGCAAGAAAACAGACAGCUCUUAAAUGAAAGGAUUAAAUUGGAAGGCAUAAUAACUCGAGUAGAGACUUAUCUCAAUGAGAACCUGAGAAAACGCUUAGACCAAGUAGAACAGGAACUUAAUGAAUUGAGAGAGACAGAAGGUGGUACUGUUCUCACUGCCACAACAUCAGAGCUUGAAGCCAUCAACAAACGUGUAAAAGAUACUAUGGCACGAUCAGAUGAUCUGGACAAUUCCAUUGACAAAACAGAGGUUGCAAUUAAAGAUCUUCAGAAGAGCAUGGAGCGCUGGAAAACUAUGGAAAAAGAGCACAUGGAUGCUAUAAACCAUGAUACAAAAGAGCUUGAAAAGAUGACAAACCGGCAAGGUAUGCUUCUGAAGAAAAAAGAAGAGUGUAUGAAGAAAAUCCGAGAGCUUGGGUCACUUCCCCAGGAGGCAUUUGAAAAAUACCAAACUUUAAGUUUGAAACAGCUGUUUCGCAAACUAGAACAAUGCAACACAGAACUAAAGAAAUACAGUCAUGUCAAUAAAAAAGCCUUAGAUCAAUUUGUAAAUUUUUCGGAACAAAAAGAGAAAUUAAUUAAGAGACAGGAAGAACUGGAUAGGGGCUACAAAUCAAUCAUGGAGCUGAUGAAUGUCCUUGAACUUCGAAAGUAUGAGGCUAUUCAACUAACUUUCAAACAGGUAUCAAAAAACUUCAGUGAAGUGUUUCAGAAAUUGGUACCUGGUGGCAAAGCUACAUUGGUGAUGAAGAAAGGUGAUGUGGAAGGGAGUCAAUCUCAAGAUGAAGGAGAAGGAAGUACUGAAAGUGACAGAGGUUCUGGCUCACAAAGCAGUGUCCCAUCAGUUGAUCAAUUCACUGGAGUAGGAAUAAGGGUAUCAUUUACAGGGAAGCAAGGUGAAAUGCGGGAAAUGCAACAGCUUUCAGGUGGACAGAAGUCUUUAGUGGCUCUUGCACUGAUUUUUGCAAUUCAGAAAUGUGAUCCAGCUCCUUUUUACUUGUUUGAUGAGAUUGACCAAGCUUUGGAUGCUCAACAUAGAAAGGCUGUAUCAGAUAUGAUUAUGGAACUUGCUGUACAUGCUCAGUUUAUUACAACUACAUUUAGGCCUGAACUACUUGAGUCAGCCGACAAAUUCUAUGGUGUAAAGUUCAGAAAUAAGGUUAGUCACAUCGAUGUGAUCACAGCAGAGAUGGCCAAAGACUUUGUGGAAGAUGAUACUACUCAUGGUUAAUUGGAAACUAUUGGCAGCUUGUUCGGAAGAUGUGUAUAGUAUGAAACCUCAACUAAGGAAGUGUACAUUUCAAACUAAAUAUUUGGUCAAUGUUAAAAUAGUUUUUGAGCUUAUAUUUUAAUUAAGAAGGUCCAAGAAUUCUUAGUUUUGGAUGACCUUGUGUAUUCAUUUUAUGUUUCUGUUGCUGUAUUCUUUUAUAAAAUAAUCUGUUUAUGUAUCUUUAUACUUGUAGUUUAAGAACUCUUCCUAUCCAAUCUUUUUGUAAAGUGUCCCUUUGCUGUUUUAAAUCUUUUUGAGACAUGCUUGAUAGCUUUCCCUAAUUAUAAUUUUAUCAAAUAUACUGCCUCAUCCUUUUAAAAAAAUAUAUAUAUAGCUUCAAUUAAAUGAUUGAUUUUAUGGCUGCAAUUUAGUAGAAGUGUGUGUGUUUUCAUUUACAGUUGGAAUAGCUAAUUUGAAUUUAAAAAAAAAAAAAGUAAUAUCUUUAAUUUGCUUUAUUCCAGUCUAGGGUAAAUAUUUAAAAUGGAGUUUGACUUCAUUGAAAGGAAUAUUACUAUUUCUGAAAUGGAAAACUUCAAUAUUCUCUUCAUCUAGCCCAGUGUAUCUUGACCCUUUACAUUUUUCGAUAUGGUCAGAUUUAGUUUAUUUUUAAAAAAUUAAUUGUAUUUUAGGAGAAACUUUUCUUUAAACAAAUUUUAAAGGUCAGUAAAUAACAGUGAAUAUAAAAAAUUGGCCUGUGAUCCUGCCCUCUGUCUAAAACUAGUUAAAUUAAGUAGAAAUUGUUCCUUAGUACUAGAACAACUUCCUUUAGGUUGGGAAAGAGCUGGUGGGCCAAUAAGUAAGUUACCAAAAAAACCCCAAACAAACAAAAAAAAACCAAACUAAUGAAUCAAGAGACUAGGAUUAUAUUCCUCUGUCUAUUGUUAAAAUUGAUUUUGUGUUCUUGGGCAAAUAAAUGAAUCUCAUAUAUCAUAAAACUAUUUUCUUUUUGUAUUAUAUGGAGAUAAUGAAACUUGUCCUACUUUCUUCAGAUGAUUGCCAUGAAGAUAAAAUGAUAGUUUUUUUAAAACUCCUUACAAUUUUCGUUUUUCAUUAUUUGAUAGACAAGAACAGGAUCAUCGAUCUCUUAUAAAUAGCUUUCUUUUUAAAAUGUUAGUUUUCAGUGUGUUAGUUUUCAAAUUGUCCUUAUUUGUCCUCUUUCAAAUAUCAUGUUUUUUUUUUUUAAUGUUCCAGUGAGCCACUUUUCUUUUUCUUCUUUUUAUCUCACUAUUAUUCCUCUUCCCCCAUUGCUCCUAAAUUAAAAACAAAAACACAACACUCUUGUGACUAAUAACCGUAGCUAAAAAAAAAUAAGUUCAUACAUUGGACAUAUCUGAAAUGUAUUCCUGUUCUGCAUCUCAGGUGCAGCUAUAUUUGUUAGAAAUUGUGGGUAUGAUCUAGUCUAUAGUCACAUGGUUAUUCAUUUCAUCAAAAUUUUUAUUUUCCAAAAAAAAUUUUCUUUUACACUAUUGGAGUCAUAUAAAAUUAGUUAACUGGUUCUGCUCAUUUCAUUCUGCAUCAGUUUAUACAGGUCUUCCCAGUGUUCCAUUUUGUGAUUUCUUUUUAAUUGUGAUUACUGUUUGCAGUAAUUCUCAAUUACAACAUUCAUUUACCAUAAUUUGUACAACUAUUCCCUUAUUGAUUAUGUGCAUCUUUAUUUUUAGUUCUUUGCUGAUAACAAAAAUGUGCUUCUAUAAAUAUUGUACAUAUGAGUUCUUUCUUUCCCUUUGUCUUUGAGCUCUUCACAUUUUAAAGACAAAUGUAAUAUGAUAUCGAACUUUAAAAGUUGUUAAUAAAUAUUGUAAAAUUUUGA